CUAAAAAUAAAAAAAAAAAGCUUCACGCUGUGUUGUUCUUGAAUCUCGAGGAAACGCCUUGUGCAUCCAUCAUCCUAUUCGCGUAACCACCACCCAACUCACUCUUCCUUGCCAUAAAUUCAAUCCAUCUUCUUGAAACCCGUCAGUUACUUUUUUUUUUGGGUUUUUUUUUUGUUUCUAUUUAAUCACUGUCAAGCAUUUCUAGGCCAGUCCCAUUUCUCUCUUGAUCUUCAAGCAGGGCUAUAAGGAAUAAUUUCAUUGAAUUGGAAGAUUUGUCUCUUCUGGCUGCAGCUGUGUGCUUAAAUUUUUACUGGUUUAAAAAUGCUGGGAGAAAGCAACAACAACUACAACACAAUUCCUGUUUUUCUUGAUGAGAAUGGCUUCCGGUACCCAACUAAUGCGUCAAAUCAGCUCCAGUUGUUUGGAAACUAUCAAGCCACUAUACCCGUUGGAUUCAGCAUGGGUCCAACAAAUUAUUUUGGGAGCGAACAUACCAGCACUCCUCUAGUCAGGCCAAGUAAAUGUGGAAGAGAUGUAGAGAACAUUGCCAUGCAGCAUAAGCUUCAAAUUUCCUUGAAUAAUAAUAAUAAUAACAAUAAUAAUAACAAUAUGGGUCUUGAUGAAGCCGAUCCACCAGUGAGGAUGCCCACACACAACCAAGUUUCAACCGGUUUAAGGUUGUCAUAUGAUGACGAGGAACACAACUCUUCUGUCACGUCAAGUGGAAGUAUGAGCACUCCAUCAUCAGUAAUGUUGUCUUUGACUGAAGGUAUUAAAAUGGAACUUGACAACCAAAAGAGAGAGUUUGAUCAGUACCUUAAGAUUCAGGAAGAAGCACUGACAAAAGGGCUCCGGGAGAUCAAGCGAAGGCACAUGGCGUCUUUUUUGAGUGCCAUACAGAAGGGCAUCGUCACAAAGCUGCAGGAGAAGGAUGUUGAGCUGGAGAACAUCAACCGGAAAAACAAAGAGUUGGUUGAGAGGAUGAAGCAGACGGCCGCUGAAGCACAGAAUUGGUGCUACAGGGCAAAGUACAACGAGAGCAUGGUCAACAUGCUGAAAACCAACCUCCAGCACGCAAUGCACAGUGCCGCGGCCGCUGCUGAUCAGAAGGCCAAAGAAGAAGGGUUCGGUGACAGCGAGAUGGACGAUGCCACCACGUCCGGGAUUUACCCAAACUUCGCCCUCGGCAUGUCUCCGGGGGCCCCACGGAAGAAGAGUGACAUCAGCAUGGUCUGUCGGUCGUGCAAAUCGAAGGAGGUGUCGGUGUUGUUGAUGCCAUGUAGGCAUCUGUGUGUGUGUAGAGAUUGUGAAGGGUCUGUUGAGGGGGUGUGCCCGGUGUGCAGGGUGGUUAUAACAACAAGUGUGCAGGUGUAUCUGUCUUGAAAGAAUAAUACCCAACCAAAAUAUGUGUACGUACAUGGUACUUAGAUUUUCGAGUACCACCCCUAUUUCUGCGUGAGUUCGUCGUACCAAAUGGGCGAAUCUCAUAGUUCAAGGCUCGUCCUUGCGACUUAGAAUCAUACAGCAUGAAGUCAUCAUCAAGUAAAAUCAUCAUGACUAUGUGUGACAUCAAUUACGCAUCAUGUUAUCAUCAUCAAGUACAUCAAUUACAUAGAUGUCAUGUAAUCAUCAUCAAGAACAAGUAUAUAUGGAUUAUAUGAGUAUCAUGUAAUCAUCCUCACAAGCAAAUUGAUUAAAUGUGCCAUCAUGUAAUUAUCAUCAAAAAUUUAUCAUCAUGAAUCAUCAAAUUGACCAUAUGAUAUAAUGUGCCAUAUCAUGAAUAUUAUUAUACAUUUGUGGACGUAUAUAUAUGUAUAUGUAUAUGUCUGUGAAUCAUUCUACAAAUUCUAGCGUGGUACCACUCAGCGGUUUCUCUGAGCGUGUAGUUUGUAUUUUUUUUCGUUGACUACACGUAGGUAAUAAGAAGACAAUGAUGGAACCAUUCCCGGAGGGCAUUGAGUCAGAGGAGAUGCAAGGAUAGCAGGCAAAUGUUUGAUCAACAUAUUUUAAAAUAUGUCAUGAUUUGGUUAUUAUUGUACUUCCGCAUUACUCUGAAAAUAUUUUUAAAUGGGUCGCGAUCCAGAGUCUGUAAAUUUAAUAUUUAUAAGUAAUUGUCAUUUUCAAAUGUCAAGCGAAAUUUUUAUUUAACUCUUGUUUCACCAUAAUUCGUAUAAUUCCGGGUUAUACGGAUUGGGGUGUUACAACUGUUGCCUCCGAGCAAGCCACCCACAGCUGUCGUCAUUCCAAUCACAGUGCAGCCGCUCAAAGUUGUGGCUAAUUGCACCGUCCAAUUGCCAGAAAGGGGUUGGGGAU